UCGUCCGGGGCCGGUGCGGGCAUGGCGGAGGGCGCGGCGCUGCGGGCCGUGAGGGGCUGCCUGGCCGCUUUCCCGCGGGAGGCCCGCGAGCUGGGAUGGCCGGAGUCUGUACCCUAUCUUGAUAGGCCUCCAUCCCCUCUGGAGUUUUAUCGAGAGUGGGUGAGUCCAAAUAAACCUUGUAUAAUUCGCAAUGCCAUCAGCCACUGGCCAGCUCUGAAGAAAUGGACCUCAGCAUACCUCAGGGAGGUAGUAGGUCCCAAGGUGGUGAGUGUGGCAGUAACACCCAAUGGUUAUGCAGAUGCAGUGUUUCAGGACCGUUUUGUCAUGCCAGAGGAGCGCCAAAUGCCUUUCAUGGACUUUCUGGACAUUGUGGAGAAGAAAGUGACCUCUUCCAACGUCUUCUAUGUGCAGAAGCAGUGUUCAAACCUCACCAAGGAGUUCCCUGAACUUGUCAGUGAUGUGCAGCCUGACAUACCAUGGAUGAGUGAGGCACUUGGGAAGAAGCCUGAUGCUGUGAAUUUCUGGCUUGGGGAAUCAGCUGCUGUGACAUCUUUACAUAAAGAUCAUUAUGAGAACUUGUACUGUGUGAUAUCUGGAGAGAAAUAUUUUCUACUGCAUCCACCAAGUGACCGUCCCUUCAUCCCAUAUGAGCUCUAUCAGCCAGCAACCUACCAGGUAUCAGAAGACGGCUCGUUUGAAAUUGUGGAUGAGAAGACUGCAGAUAAGGUGCCCUGGAUCCCUCUGGAUCCCUUGAACCCCAAUCUGGAACUGUAUCCAGAGUAUGCUCAGGCACAGCCUUUGCAGUGUACAGUGAAAGCUGGUGAGAUGUUAUAUCUGCCUUCUCUCUGGUUCCAUCAUGUUCAGCAAUCACAUGGCUGUAUAGCAGUGAAUUAUUGGUAUGACAUGGAAUAUGACCUUAAGUACAGCUAUUAUCAACUACUAGAUGGUCUCACAAAAGCUGUGAAAACGCUAUAGCAGAGAUGGGAGACUCAAGCUUGUGAUCUGUCUUUCUGAUGCGAU